CACUGCAUUGAGUUUCUUUAAUGAAAGCCAGGAAAGAACACAUUACACAGUGUUUCUUCUGCGAGCCAGCUAGCCUCCAGUGAUUGAAAUCAAUAAAAACAGUCGGCAAGGGGCCCAGUGGGGGAAGAGAGAAAUCUCCACUACAGCAUUCAGUUUGCUUUCCACUUUCUCCCUCCCCCGCUGAAGUUAAACUCUGAAGAUCACCCUGAGAAGCUGCUUCGCUUCCAGCGCAGGGAAGACGCUGGUGGGGAUUUAAAGGAAGCGAGCGCUUCCCUUCGCCUCCCUCCCUCCAGCUCUGCCCCCAGCCCGAAGGAAAUGAAAAGCUUGUUUGGAAUUUGAAUCCUGCCUGGAAAAAACUUCAUCGGACAAGUGCAUCGUCCUGCCUUUCAGGAAAGGGGAUGGAUUUUACGGUUAGAGAAUGCUAAAAGGUGAGAGGGGAGAGAAAAGCAGGAAUCGGAUUCAGACAGAGCCCAGGUCCAGGCUAGGAUGUCCAGCACGGCAGAGGGGACCUCUGAAGCUGCAGGAAGGGCUGCAAGCAACUGCCUGAGAUUGGGACGAUCCACAUCCUAAAGCGACCCAAAUAUUCGGGGACACGUGACCGAGGUGCCGACCCAGUGGCUGAAUCUCAGACUGACAUUCUCCUGGGCUGCACAUAAAAGCUGGUGACCAGCAGAGAAGGAACAAGAGCUAAAAUCACUAUGUGGAGCUGUGAAACCUUAAACAACAGUACCGAGAACAGUGAGGACCAGCAUCUCUGCCAUGACUUCCACCUUGUGCUUUCCAUCUUUUCCCUACUCUACCUCAUCGUGUGUUUCCCAAUUGGCCUCUGUUACAAUGGCUUGCUGGUCCUAGUUAACCUCUAUAACAAAGCUACUAUGACUAUGCCAGAUGUUUACUUUGUCAACAUUGCCAUUGCUGGUCUCAUCAUCAAUGCUUUGGCACCAAUGUAUCUUCUAGGUCUUGCCAACACAAAAUGGGCCAUUUGGAGUUCUAACAAUGAAGUUUAUAUUACCUUGCUUAUUUUAUUCAACGUCUCCUCUUUAGUAACCAUGUACUCUACUACAUUACUCAGCCUGGACUACUACAUCGAGCGUGCUCUGCCUAGAACUUACAUGUCCAGUGUGUACAACACCAAACACGUUUGUGGAUUCAUAUGGGGUGGUGCCAUGCUUACAAGUUUUUCAUCUCUCCUGUUUUAUGUCUGCAAUCACGUAUCGACUAAAAUAAUUGAAUGUUCCAAGAUGCAGAACAAAGAAGCAGCAGAUGCCAUCAUGGUUUUCAUUGGGUACAUUGUCCCAGCUGUUGCUGUGCUCUAUGCACUGAUCCUCAUCUUGCGAAUACGCAAAGAGGCCACGCCACUGGAUCAGGACACUGGGAGACUGGAUCCCUCGGUACACAGGCUCCUGAUUGCCACAGUCUGUACACAGUUCACCUUGUGGACACCCUAUUAUGUUAUUCUCUUGGUAAGCACUUUCACUAGUGCACAGGGAAGGAUUGCAGAUGAAAAUUCCAGACGAAUACUACAUUUUACCAAGAUUUUGUCAAAAUUCUUGGCUUUCUCAAGCAGCUUUGUAAUGCCUCUGCUCUACAGAUACAUUAACAAAAACUUCCCCAACAAAUUACGACGUUUGCUUAAGAAGAUACACUGUGGGAAUCAAGGUUGUUCUCAUGAACGCACAGUAGUACAGCAAGUCAUGACGUAGGGAUGAUAAAACCCUCUGGUGCUCUGUGACUGCGGUACUGGACAUACCAGUACUGGGACUGGGAUACUGCUGUGUUGGCACUCAGAGUCUCUAAUGUGAAAGUCCCAGCCAUGAGGUUGGAGGGAGCUUUCUGUUAGAGUAAAAUGAAGCAGUCUUAAUUUUCAGAUAGUGAAUGGUUUGAGCUCUGGGCUGUGUGCUGUAAUGCCUGGGACAUCUGAUACUCUCAGUGCACUGAAUUGGUUACAAAGCCUGAACUCUGUCAUCAUCAUUCUUAUAUUCCUGUUUGAAGAAAUCACUAAGCAGUUUACUGAAGUCUUGACUGAAGACACAGCACCUUGUAUCUUGUACAGAAAAAGGAAUUAACCUGAUUUUCUGUACAGAGAAGUAACAGCGCUCUCCUUGAUGAAGUAAAUCACCUUUUUUCAAUGAAGAUGAUAGAGAUGAUCUUUACUAAAGAUCACAUCCAAUUAUACAUGUCCAAGUAGUAAAUGUUAAUUAUAAAUUAAAUUAUUUAAUGUUUUUUUCCAUCACUGAAUCUCCUCUAAAAGAAGCUUCAUUUACCGUUUUCAGAAAUUAUUUUCUCACACAAACUAAAGUUCUAACAUUUAUGGUAAACUGAUUUUUUUUCUAGAGAUAACAAUUAACAAAAGUGUGUUUUAUCUCUCCAGUGCUAUGUUUGCAUCCUAAAACAUUUCAAGAAUUAAGAAAUAUUUAUUAACUAAUUCUAAGGGAACCAAGAGAUGUUUGUUCCACAUAUUAAAAUGAAGGAUACAGUGGUUUACAAAGUUAAAUCAAAAUUAAACUAGUAAAGAAUGUCUGGCUAAGUGUUAUGGUCCACAUAUGUUCAUGUAACAAGAGUAAUUAUCUUAAAAAUAAAUAUGUUCAUGAUUAACAUUCUGUAUUUUUAAGGGAUAUGUUUGCAACAAAUAAAUUAAAUCUUUAGCACCUCAGUGGAGGUUUGGAAACCAUACAGAAUCCUUCAAUAUAUACAAGAUUUUAAAAUAGGAGUAAACUACAGGAAUCCCAGUUAGCAUCAGCUCUUUGCUGACCUCUCAAACAGAGUGCUUCUCGGUGUGAUUCUUGAAUACACAAUAAAAGGAGAGUUUCUGUAUUUCACAGUGGGGAUGAAGAAAUCCAGUCCAGAUUGUGUUCCCUGUUUAUUUCAUAUACUGAGUAAUAUUUGACAAACAUGCUGCCGGAAGCAAAUGAAGUUAUCCACAGCAGCAAACUACAAAACAUUGACCCAAUGCUCCUGUGCUGCUGUUGCAUUAAUGACAGAGGAGGGGUGGGAGUUAAACUCCUAAACUCCUCCUGAUUUUCAGAGAUCUUUGUUACUCACCCUGCAACACUGCAGAAUGGUUUUGUUGCUCAAUGUCACAACUCAAAUUCCACACAGAUUUAUUCAAAGAGCUUUUCAUGCCCCUGGUAUAGAAAAAGAAUGGAGCAAACCCAGAAUUUAACCUUUUUCAUUGCUUAAAAUAUAAUCUUAGCUGAUUCUUGGGCCUAAUGUGACAGUGCUUAAGUUCUAAAUGGGAAGUAGGUGAGGGACAGCCUUUUCCUGUCUUCUCCAUCAUUAUUCAAGUACUUUCUUGUUAUAGCCAUUUUUGCCUGUCUUCAGAUAUAAGAAUCUCUUAAGUUACCAGCUACCUGCUGGAAAACCCUCCAUUAAUCUUUACUUUCUAAAAUAGAGGUUUGUAUUUUAUUGACAUAUUUCUAACCUUUAUACCCCUUUAUAUGCAGUAAAUCUUCUCUUUCUAUGGGAUUUUCUCCACACAAAAACUAUCCAGCAAAACCACAUUAAUUAUUUUAUAGUUUUAGCUACUUGAUCAAAGCCAUGAUAAGGAAGAAGUCUUUUUUUAUUAUUGUGUCUGAUUCACAGGCUAAUUUACAGUGCCUCUAUGCUGACACAAUACUGGCUGCUUUGGUAAACCAUUCAGUUGGUUGGGUUCCUUCCUUCUCCCCCCCCUUAACUGGAGAAGUUUCCUACAAAUUUCUAUGUAUCUGGAACACUGAAGUUCACUUCCACACAUCAGUGCUUAAGAAAAAAAAAAAAAAAUCUUUCUUUACAAGUGUCAAGCAAAUAGGCUCCUCUUCUUCCCAUGCGAGGAAAAUAAGGUUUCCUAACGCACCACAUUAAAUCUCUCAUGUAAAAUCUGUUAAAGAAAUUCUGUGCCAUUUGGCAGGAAAAGUUCCAGCAGGGAGGAACUGGCUUAUCUGGUGUGAACAGAGGCUUCCAGAACUGAGACACUGCCAGGGCUGUGUGACAGAGCAGCCAGCAUUAAGUACAAUUUUAACUUUCACGUUGCUUCCUUACUUCUGUUUCCCCCUUCUCUGAAGACCUCUUGUUUUCUGUUGCUAACUGGACUUUUGCAUUUUUUUUUCCUGUUCCUUUCUCUCCAUGUUAAAUUCCUGCUUUAAAAUCUUGUCUCUUUUUUAAUUUCUCUUUUUCACUUCUCUGUGGUGUUUGCUCCUCUGUUCCCACCCCUGGUUGGGCUUGUACUCUUGGUACCAUUCACACUUUCUUCCUUGACACUGUCUCCUUUACAAUGGCCCAAAUCUUCCUCAGUGAUUUGACAUUACAAUGGAUUUCUGUAGAAACUGGAAGCUGCUAUUUAAGAGGUGAAGAAAGAACUAGUUUUUAUAUAACUUACUCUUGAAAACUCAAGUUAUUCUUUUUUCUAAAGUUUUAUUGCAGCAGAGUUAAGUAUGUUUACAUGUAUCUUUGAUAUUAUACUAAAUGUGAUGGCAAUCCUACAAACAACUUUCAUAAUUUCAUAAACAAGACUGAUAUCCACUCAGCUUUUAAGAGUUAAUUUGAUAUAUUGGUUGCCUCAAAGAAACUGCCAUGGAGCUGCCUGACUGCUAUUUCCUUAGGGAAAUUCUGAACCUGCAGCCUCACAUGGUAUCUCUUAAAAAGCAGUACCCCAAAAAGUGAGAACUUUGCAAUAUUUAUUAAAAAAACAGUAGAUGAGCAAGUGUGUUAAAAUACUUAGGAAAAUACAUGAUAUCCUAAAUAUGGAAGAACUUUUAUGGAAAAAUCUUUAAUAUACAAAGUUCUCAAGAACUUACCUGAAGGUAUCUGAUGACUGUAAACAGGGGCUUAUCUAUUUCACAUCUAAAUAAAUAUGAAUAAAACACUGUAUAUAUGCAAGAUAAAAAGCAGCCUACUGAUGUAAAAAAGAAUUUGCAAAGACUUUAUUAAAUUAUUUCUUAAAGUGUGUCAUUUAAAUGUAAACCUCCUAACAGUAAGGUGCACUGUAUGGUUCUGUAUGUAUAUACUGUAUAUUAGAAAGUAAGCACUAGUUAAGUGCCAUUAUUAACAGUGUUAUUUUCUCAAAAAAUUAAAUUUAAUAUUUGAGUUGAUCUGUGGCUUAUAGCCCUCUUGCUGAGUCGCCAAUUAAAUCAAAUCAAUGAACUAACAAAAAAA